AUGUCGGCUUAUCCCAAGACGUGGCGCGACAGCGCGUAUCUUGUCAUCUCAGGUAUCCAGUUGACUGCCAUGCUCAUGGUUGACCUGGUCCCCCUCUACCCGACCUCGCUCUACGCGACGCCGUCGUCGCCGCUGCACUUCCUCCAGCUCCUGCGCGACUUCUACAUCAAGACCUACAACGACCCUUUCUUUGUCAUGGCGCACGAUGCCCAGCCCUCGUGGUACAAGCUCUUCACCUACCUCGAGGUCUUCUACCAGUUGCCGAUGACCCUGUGGAUGGUUUACCGCUUCUCCCGCGGCACCGGCAGCACCCCGGGCUUUGAGCUCGCCGUGCUCGUCUUCUGCGUGGAAUGCGCCUUGACGACGCUGACCUGCAUCUUCGACGUCUCCUACUGGGACCCCAACGUGUACAGCGAGGCGCAGAAGAAUGUCUUCAUCUUCAAUCUGUAUGGACCUUGGGUUGUCAUCCCCACACUGAUGGGACUGGACAUGUGCCUGCGCAUCCUCAACCGCGCAAACUCCGCCGACAAGACCAAGAAGAUCCAGUAG